CACUGAAUGAUGCAUCUGUGAUUAAAGCUGCACCCUGGAUUGUCUACACAGACAACACAUGCAAGAGAUGUAUGCCGUGCAUGCCUGCUGGAUACCGUGAUGGAAGACAAACUGAAUCCUGCAGAUGUGAAUGAAAAGAAAGAUGACAAAAGUGACGGGAAAUUGCAGUUUGACGACUCGCGAAUCAUUGCCCCAACCUGGUCUAAUAAAGUGGACUCAGGAUCUUUGACUGGCGUCCACAGUUUGUCAGAACAGGCCUCCACUGAGGACACUGAAUUAUCUCCAGCUGACUCAUCUGGGAAAGUAUUCUCACAUAAAACAAAAACGGUCCCUGUACAUGAGGUGCACAACUCCAGCGGUGCGUCAAUCUGUAGCGCACGUUCUGUGGAGAAAGAUCAGCCCAGGCCUCUUCAAGCUGCGCUUCCAUCCUCCACUGAGGCCCGAACAGCUCCGGAUGGAAGCCAGUCGUUCACAUCCAUCAGGAGUCAAGGAAGACAGAAAACCACCACUGUUCACACCGAGGCAGAUGGAGGCGACCUUUGUGCUACAAUCCUACUGGCCUGCCUUUUCUGCCAUCCACUGGACUGUCUGCUGGCCACGAUGAGGGGGUGCAACACAUGUGUCGGUUCCCUGUGCGCCUCGCUGUGCUUGCCUCUUUGCGGUUGCGAGCCCACCGCCCUGCAGCCUCUCCUGGACGUCUCUGAAAACUGCGACACGUGCGGAUGUCUGGGUGUCCGCUGCUUCCUGUGUGACUGCCCCAUCUGCGACAUCUGCCUCCAGGCUACCGAGUGCCUGGAACUCGCCAUGGAAAUCUCUCAAAUGCUUUACCACUGAAAAUCACACCCAGACAUGAACCAACAGUUAUCAUUUAUUUAUUAAAAUCCUCUGAAAGCAAACGUGUUGGGACAAGACAUGUUUACGGUAAACAACGUCAGCACAAUGUCAGGACAGGACGCCGUUAAUAUGGUGGAGAGCAGUUGUGUGUGUAAAAAAAACUGACCAUGUACUUUGAGUAUAGGACUGGAAACACAGUUUCCAACAAUGCGCCAAGGAGCUGCUCUCACCUCAAACAUAGCUCAAACAUUUGCAUGAACGGCUGAGGACACCUUAAAAAGCAUCACAACCAGUCAAUUUCACUCAAACAACCAUCAGGUACAGAUGUUUUUGGCUGCUUGUUGGAGAAUAAAGCUACAUCGGUGUUAAAAACAAAACAAUAAGCAGGAAUUUUAUCAAACACAUUAAAAAACUGUACAUAAGGUUGUGUGAAGCAUCUGACAAAUUAAAUACGAUUCUAAAUUUGGUGGCUAUGCAAUAAAACCGCAUCUAGGUUUCACUCAGUCAUACAUUAUUAAGAAGGUGAGACUAGUGGUUUUUAAAGAGUCAAAGCCUCUAAAAAUUCAUACUACAUUGAGCAUUAAUUCAUUAUUAAAUAAUGAUUUGAUCAUCCAGAAAAUCUUAGUAGAACAUGCUAACUGGUUAAAAACAAAAAAGUCACUCCGUGAUCAAACGACAACACAGAUAUUAUUCAUGAAAAACCACUUAAACUAUCAGGUAUCAAAAAAGAUGUAAUGAACUACAGUACUGUGGUAAAAGAAAAAAAAAUCAUUUCUUAUUCGGUCUUGCAUUUCUAUUUGUAGAGUACAUAUAUGUAAAAAUAA